CUGCUGGGAUUCGGCAGGUCCACUGUGAAGGAGAUGGGGCUGGAGAAGCCGGAGCGGCUGGGCGGUCCGCGGUCGCUGUCCGCCACUUCGGUGCGGAAUCCGAGCUGGACUCGCGGAGCACUCCUCCCUCUCCCCCUCCCUUCUGCUGCCUUUUCCCUCCCCUUGGAGCGGCGGCGGCGGCGGCGGCGGCGGCGGCAGACGCAGAAAACCGAGACCCUCUGAGGCCUGGAGGCGAGUGGAGGAGCUGGGAUAUGGGGAGUCUGCGGGGGCGCCAGGGCCUGGAGCCCUUGAGAGCGCCUAGGAGGGGAGCGGCCCCAGGCGUUUGCUAGCGCGUAAGCCGUAGUGGAGAGCGAGAGCCGAGGCGGAGGCGGGGCCGGCGUGGAACAGGCUCGCCAAGCCGCUGCCUCCAGCCCUGCCCGGCUGUCUCUGCCAGGGCCGGUGGCUAUGGAGCAGGCGGGUACCAGACCUGGGGCGACAGAGUAUCCACGACUCCGGCGGCCCCUGCCCUGGCUGCUGCUGCUUUCUUUCCUGGUGCUGCUGGUGCUGCUGCCAGGCCCAGCGGCCUCCCAGGUAAGGUACUCAGUGCCUGAGGAGCAGACCCCCGGCGCGCUCGUUGGCAACGUGGCGAGAGCGUUGGGGCUGGAGCUGCGGCGCUUGGGGCCCGGCUGCCUGCGCAUCAACCAUCUGGGUGCGCCCAGCCCGCGCUACCUGGAGCUGGACUUGACCAGUGGUGCGCUCUUCGUCAAUGAACGUAUUGAUCGCGAGGCACUGUGUGAGCAGCGGCCUCGCUGCCUGCUCAGCUUGGAAGUGCUGGCGCACAACCCGGUGGCCGUGAGCGCCGUUGAGGUGGAGGUACUGGACAUUAACGAUAAUUCUCCACGCUUCCCGCGGCCGGACUACCAGCUUCAGGUAAGCGAAUCCGUUGCACCUGGAGCGCGGUUUCACAUAGAGAGCGCACAGGACCCAGACGUGGGCACCAACUCAGUGCAGACCUACGAGCUCAGCCCCAGCGAGCACUUUGAGUUGGACCUUAAACCCCUUCAGGAGAAUAGCAAGGUGCUGGAGCUGGUGCUGCGAAAGGGCCUAGACCGUGAGCAGGCAGCCUUGCACCACUUGGUUCUCACCGCGGUGGACGGGGGCAUCCCAGCCCGCUCAGGCACAGCGCAGAUCUCUGUUCGAGUCCUCGACACUAAUGACAAUUCUCCUGCCUUUGACCAAUCCACUUACCGCGUCCAACUGCGGGAGGAUGCUCCCCCAGGCACAUUAGUAGUGAAGUUGAAUGCCUCGGACCCGGAUGAGGGUUCCAAUGGUGAGCUCAGGUACUCGCUGAGCAGCUACACGUCAGACCGGGAGAGGCAACUCUUCAGCAUCGACGCCACUACAGGGGAAGUGAGAGUAAGUGGAGCGCUGGAUUACGAGGAGGCCUCCUCCUACCAGAUCUAUGUGCAGGCAACUGACCGGGGUCCAGUACCUAUGGCCGGUCACUGCAAGGUGUUGGUGGAUAUUAUGGAUGUGAAUGACAAUGCGCCGGAGGUGGUGCUCACGGAUUUAUAUAGCCCAGUGCCUGAAGAUGCUGCACCCAACACCGUUGUGGCCCUUCUCAGUGUGAAUGACCAAGAUUCAGGUUCCAACCGGAAAGUGAGCCUGGGUCUGGAGGCUACACUACCUUUCAGGCUGAAUGGCUUUGGAAGCUCCUACACAGUAGUGGUGAGUGGCCCACUGGAUAGGGAGCGUGUGGCUGCCUACAACAUCACAGUGAUAGCCACUGAUGGGGGAAUACCGCCACUCACAUCCCAGAGGACCCUGAAAAUUGAGAUUUCUGACAUCAAUGAUAAUCCGCCAAGCUUUCUGAAGGACUCCUAUUCCAUCUACAUCCAGGAGAACAAUUUGCCAGGGGUGUUGCUCUGCACCGUGCAAGCCACAGACCCAGAUGAAAAGGAGAACGCAGAGGUGACCUACUCACUCCUAGAUAGGGAGAUUCAAGGGCUGCCGGUCACCUCCUAUGUCUCCAUCAACAGUGCCAGUGGCAGCCUUUAUGCUGUCAACUCCUUUGACUAUGAGAAAUUUCGAGAGUUUUUUGUGACUGUGGAGGCCCAGGACAAGGGGAGUCCACCGCUGAGCAGCACUGUGACCGCCAAUGUGUAUGUGGUGGACAUGAAUGAUCAUGCCCCUCAUAUUCUGUACCCUACCUCAACCAAUUCAUCAGCAGCCAUUGAGAUGGUGCCUCGAGCUGCCCCUGCUGGCUACCUGGUCACCAAAGUUAUAGCCAUGGAUUCAGACUCUGGGCAAAACGCCUGGCUCUUUUACCAUCUAGCCCAAACUUCUGACUUGGACCUCUUUAAAGUAGAAUUGCACACGGGAGAAAUUAGGACUACCAGGAAGAUAGGAGACGAGAGUGGUACCACUUUCAACCUAACUGUGGUUGUCCGUGACAAUGGAGAGCCAUCGCUAUCAGCCACUGUGGCCAUUACAGUUGCUGUGGUGGACAGGGUUUCGAAAAUGCUCCCUGACACUCAGAGACAUAUAAAGAGCCCUCGGACAUACUCUGAAAUUACACUUUAUCUGAUAAUAGCAUUAAGCACAGUGUCUUUUAUAUUUCUUUUGACAAUCAUUGUUUUGAGCAUCAUCAAGUGCUGCCGCUACACUGCUUAUGGCACUGCAUGCUGUGGAGGCUUCUGUGGAGUGAGGGAGCGGUGCCCUGCAGAACUGUACAAACAGGCCAAUAACAAUAUUGAGGCCAGGAUACCACAUGGCCUCAAAGUACAGCCUCACUUCAUUGAGGUUCGAGGGAAUGGCUCCCUUACCAAGACCUACUGCUACAAAGCCUGCCUGACAGCUGGCUCAGGGAGUGAUACUUUCAUGUUUUACAACACAGGGGCCCAAACAGGACCGGGACCUGGGGCAGCCCAAGCAGCUGUGACUGACAGCAGGCACCUCACAGGCCAAAGUGGGCAGAGUGCUGGGAACCUGAUUAUCCUAAAAAAUGAAGCUGUUUCUCAAAAUGAGGUGAGGUAG